AUGGUCGGGGUUCCAGGACGGUCGAAAGCUUGUCGGACCUGCAGGAUGCGCAAGAAGGGCUGUGAUCAACAGCAACCAUCGUGUGGCCCGUGCAAACGCUCUAAGCUUGUGUGUGGAGGCUAUCAGAGGGCCCGCGUUUUCGUCAACAGCAGACCAGAGCAUGAUCAAGUAGCUUUGACGUCACCAACUGCCCUGUUGUUGCUAGAGCGAUCUUUGGGACGCACCGCGUUGGAGAUAAAGUACUUGGACUUUUACUGGACCACUCUCCUUCCUAAUGGUCAGCCGUUUACGCCUCGAGCGGCACGAUACUCGACUACCAGCUGGACUGGAGUCGUACAAGACCUGGGUCAACGACAAGGCCUCGUGCACCUGGCCUUGCUUACCAACGCCCUGGGCCUGCUCGGCCAGGUGAGCGGACAGCAGUCGACCAUCAUGCAAGGAUGGCGCUUGUACGGCAGGUCCUUGCAAGCGCUAGCCAAGUCGAUCCCUGCCAAAAGCCAAGAAGCAGGUGACGGUCUACUGGCGGCGUCGGGACUCUUGGCCGCGUACGAGUUGAUCCAGACGGGCGAGGGCCAACGCCUGUGGCUCCCUGGUCCUACCUGGCUUAGGCAAGCCUCUGGGGAGAGGGCCAUCAUCUUAACCAGACCCCCCGAAAGCUAUGUGGAAGGAAACGCCCACCUUCUCUUCGUUGACAGUCGCCUCCAUCUGGUAUAUGCGGACAUCCACCGUCGAAAGCGAUCUAUAUUUAGUUCUCCACCAUGGAAGUCAAUUCCGUGGUCCCUGCAUCCUAAGGGCCCCAGAGAUAAAUUGUUGGAUAUCUUGAUCGAGGUUCCAGCUCUGCUGGAAGACCUUGAAGGCCUUCUUGGAUGUCUGUCUGGCGAAGUGGAAACAAAAGCGCUCCUUCGCCAGCAGCUAGAAGAAAGAUGUUGGCUCUAUCAUAGUCAGCUGCAGACAUGGUCGGCCAAUUCGGGCUCGUCCACAAUUGCUUUUGUGGAGGACAAGAUCUCCAACGGCCACCAUGAGAGUUCGGAGCCUUCGUCUGAACACUUCGCAAUGGCUCAUCUGGGCAUAAUCUACUGGGCAACGUGCAAUAUCAUACAUGAGGUUCGGUGGUACGUUGCCGGAAAUGGUCGUGCGGGUCUCCCAGCAUGUAUUGAUCCCAGACUGUACUGCCGCAAGAUUGUGAUGCUGAUGCCCUUCCUCCAAAGCCCUAGUGUGGGUGCGUUUUUCUUGAACAUCGCCGGCUUCCCGGCCGCUGUGGCUGUGAGUUUCCUUGCCAGGCAAGAUCCACUAUGCGAGGUCUCUGAAGAGCGCAGAUUGCUUCAGAAAGCCUUUCAAGGCAACCGUGGGACUCAACUGCGGAAUUUUCUGAGAACCUGGCCGUGGCGGACUGAUCGGGAGACAGAAAUAGUCAGCUGCACAAGAAGAGACAAGUAG